AUGACGACCCCGGCCGCCUCCCUCAACGCCACGAGCGGCGCGCUCGUCUCCGCCUCCGGCGCUGCUCCGUCGGGGACUGCGCCCCGUCACGUCGCACCACUCGUCCUCAGCUUCUCCUCCGGCAACCACUCCAAGUGGCCCAUCUACAUGCGCGCCGCCCUGGGUCGUGCAGGCCUGAUCGGCCACGUCGACGGCACCGCCGCCGCCAACCCCACCGACGCCGCAUGGGCGGCGGACAACUACUCCGUGCUCAACAUCCUCCACUCCGGCAUCGACGAGGACAUCGCCGACAUGGUCCUCGCUCGCGAUCAGACCGCCCGCCAGCUAUGGCUUGCGAUCCUCGAGCUCUUCUCCACCAACAAGGCGAACAAGGCCAUCUAUCUCGAUAACGAGUUUCGUCAGCUUGUGCAGGGCGCCCUCUCCAUCACCGAGUACUACCGUCGCCAAAAGUUCGUCGCCGACGCCCUCGCGGACAAUGACUCGCCUGUCUCUGUGCGCGUCCUCGUCCUCAACACCCUGCGCGGCCUCAGCCCGCGGUUUGCCUCCGCCGCCACCAUCAUCUCCAUGACGGAGCCCCUGCCCUCGUUCCUCCGCGUCCGGAGCAUGCUCCUGAUGGAGGAGAUGCAGCAAGCCAACGCCGCCUCCAACGCGGUGUCCACUGCCUUUGUUGCCCAGGCUCGCCCGCCCGCGCCACCACCAACAACCUGCACUGGGGUCGGCUGCCAAGGCUCCGCCAAGCCCAAGCAAACAUGGAAGCCGAAGCAGCCCAAGACUGGCGGCCGCGGCGCCCCUGCUGCACCACCUCGCGCUCCAGCACCGACGGGCCCAUGGGUCUACUUCUCGCCGCCUCAGGGCCAGUGGCGUGCCCCCUACGCCACGCAGUACGCGCCUGGCAUCCUCGGUCCACGGCCCCAGGCCUACAACACUGUCUCCGCGCCCCUGUACCAGUCGGCUCCAUCCACCUCAACCGCGCCAUCUUGGGACAACGCCGGCCUCAUCGCCGCUCUCAACAACCUAGGCCUCCAGCAAGGGUCGUGGGUGAUGGACACCGGCGCCACCUCUCACAUGACCAACAACGAUGGAUCUGAAGACCCGUCGCGUGAUCCUUCGCUGCAAUAG